AUGGAACAAACUAUUAUAAGUACAUCUAGUGGGUCUAGUAAUGUAGCUGGGGAAAGACGACCUGAAAUAUUUGCAAAUAACUUUUGGGGAAAAGAAGAAGCGGGGUAUGACGCACUUAUGUCUAGACUUAGGCAAGCUAAGCAAACUUGCGAUGAAGUGAAAAAUAUGUUUCAAGAGAGAGCAUUGAUCGAAGAAGAAUAUGCAAAAAAAUUAAUGAAAUUAUCCAAUUCACUACGAGAUGCAUUAGAAGUAUGCAGACAAGAGAUGGAGGCAACAGCACAAGAACAUAUCACAUUAUCGCAAAAGAUCCGAACUGAACUUGUACAAGAAAUUUCACAUUUUAUAUUGAGACAAAAAGAAUCAAGGAAGUUGCAACAAGCCAUUGUAGAUAGAAGUUUGAGGAACAAGAGAGAACAAUCAGUAUUAGUUCAAAGGGCUAAAGAAAAGUACGAAGCAGAAUGUGUGAAAAUUACAGGAUUAUUGGCCAGUAAAAAUUCCGUGAUGGGUAAAGAUUUGGACAAGUUAAAUUUGAGGAUAGAAAAAACUCAAAUUGCAGCAAAAGCAGCAGAUCAAGAAUAUAUUCAAUUAGUUAAAAAUAUACAAAUAACGACAAAAACAUGGAAUUAUGAUUGGAAAACGGCAUGCGAUAAAUUCCAAGAUUUGGAAGAAGAUAGGAUUGAUAAAUUAAAAAGUUUUUUAUGGACUUAUGCAAAUCUUAUUUCAACCGUUUGUGUAGCAGAUGAUGAAUCAUGUGAGAGAAUCAGAAUUUCAUUGGAAAAUUGUAACGUUGAAAAAGAUAUAUUAAUAUUUAUCAGAGAGAGGGCAACGGGACCUGAUAUACCUGAACCGCAAAGUUAUGUUAACUUUUACGCGGGUCCAAAAGAAAAUGGAGUAAGAUAUAAGCGAGCAUCAUUUGAUAGGGUACCGGAAUAUGUAGAUGUAAUAACGACACCUACAACGCAAUUAGAUCCAAAUAAAAGACUCUCACUAUGUGAAUUACCAAUCACAAAUAAUAAUAAUUCUAAGGAUAAUUGUGUAUAUCAUACAAGAAAUGAUUCAGAUGGUUAUUCAAAUGUGAAUAUUGAUAGAGCAACUCUAUAUGCAAAUACAACAUCAACUAAAAAAAACAAUAAUAAUAAUGGAGGAAUAGUAAAUGAGGUAGAAAGAACUGAGAAAAACGAGGUGGAAGAAGAACCAGUUGAUCCUAGAUCAAAACAAAUGUUAUCAAUUGGAAAUAAUGUAUUAGAGGUACAAACCAAUAUUGGACAAUUAAAUAAUAAAGAAGAUCAAGAUGAAAUAGCAAAAGCAUUGGCAAAUUUGGAAUUAACUGAUGAAUAUAACAAUAAUAAUAAAAACGAUAGUGACGUUAAUAACGAUAAUAAAGAUAAUUAUGAUAAUAACGAUCAUAACAGCAAUAACAAUAGUAAUGAUAAUCAGGUAUCACGAUUUAAUACUUCUACUAGUAUGAAUAAUAUUUCGAAUAAUGGUAAUGGGGAAGGAUUUGUUAAAAAACCUUUACCCAAUAACUUUCCUAUCGAUAAACCUCAACCACCAACUCCUCCUGUCCAAGAUAAUAUUCAACAACAAAAAAAAUCGCAUGAUAUCUAUCAUCAACGUAAUAACUCUCAAUCACAAUUUACGCCCUACCAAAUAAGCAGUAAUAAUAAUAUUCCUAUCGCUCCUACAGUUAUCGAUUUAAGAAGAUCACAACCAGAUUACACUAACGCCGCAAACAAUGGACCAUUAUCAUCUCAACAACAACAGAUUUCACAAAAUUUGAGUAUGAAGUCCAAAUCAUCUAAUCGAAACUAUCAGCAACAACCAGAAGGUCCUGGUGAUGCUAGAAGAUUGUCAAAUUCUCCUAAUAUGUUUUCUUCACCACCACCAAUUUCGUCUCAAGUUCAAUAUCAAUCUCCACAGGGUGGAUAUCAACAAGUACAAGGACAAAUGAACCCUCAGAAUCUAGUUCUUACCCAAGGAAGGAUUUCUCCUAGACAAAUUACGGCAUCCCCAAGUCAUACUCCUUCUAACAACAUCAACAACAAUAAUCUAAACGAUCUAAACAGAUCAGAUACUCAACGAACUACUUCUUCUAAUACUAGUAAUAAUUCUUUGGGCAUACAAUUAGACGUAAAUGGUCGCGUUAAGCAAGAUGACUUGGCCGAAGCUUUUAUUGCUAAUGGUGGUAGACUGCCUCCCGAGUCCGCUAAAUUUCAAACAAGACCGCAGGGAAUACCUCAAGGAGGUCAGAUGAGUCCACAAGGACAACCUAUUUUUCAAUAUAGUAGUUUUAAUAGACCAUUACAACAAAUGCCUACAAAUCCAUCUGUAAUUACAUCUCAGUCUUCUUAUAAUGGUCCACAUCAGCAGCUACAACAACAAUCACAUCCUCAAGUACACAGAAGUAAUACGGUGAAUUCAGGCUCUACUUUAAAUAAUGCUUUCCCUUAUAAACAACCGCAACAAGGAGUUAAUGUUAAUUCGCAACUUCCUCAGGGUAGUAUAGGUAGACCACAGGGCAGUAUAGGUAGACCACAGGGCAGUAUAGGUAGACCACAAGGUAGUAUAGGUAGACCACCACUUAGAAGAACUUUACCCGUUGGUAUUCAACAGUCUCAAUCACAACCACAGAUACAACCAACGCAAUUAUUACAACAACCUAUAGGAACCCAAGUACUGGGACAUCCUCAAACUCAUUAUCAAAAUCCAAAUUUCUAUAGUCCCCCUGUUAGUGGAUAUCCAAGACCUCCUAUUGGAUCUGCUAAUAUUGGCGGGAGUGCUCAAGGAUUUCAACAAAUGCAAUAUCAAAGACAAUCCUUACCAGGAUCCGAUAUACCCGAUUCCAGUGGCUCUCAAAAUCAUCCACGUACCGAAGAUGGUAAACCGAUCGAAUUUUACGUUAAAGCAUUAUAUGAUUAUCAAAAAACUAUACCCGAAGAAAUGUCAUUUACAACUGGUGAUGUUAUAGCAGUAUUAAGCACUCAUAGUGAUGGUUGGUGGGAAGGUGAAAUAGUAGAUGAUUCAAGAAAGAAUAGAGGUUUAUUCCCUAGUAAUUAUACUAAAGUAUUAGAGUAG